AUGGCGUGCCUCGCUUGCGGACAUCGAGUUGUCCCUGUUGCGGAUACCGGAUGCUGGGUACGGGAUCUCUCGACCUCGAGGACUAACCCCGAGAGGCAUCAAGGGGAGAUCGCCACCGUGCAGCCCGCUGCUGUGCAGGAGAGCUCAGUGGGCUGUGGUGGCUGCAGAUACUUAGAGCAUAAAGCGAUUGACUUGUGGUCAAACCCCCCUUUGGUGUACAUGCAGCUGCGCAACCCCAGCAGCUGUAGUUUCGCCUGGUCCCAGCUCCGGCUGUUCGAGGAGGACGCGGAGGAAGCCGGCGGCGGCCUGGACGGCGGGCAAGGCAAGAGGAAGAGGCUGUUCUCCAAAGAACUAAGAUGCAUGAUGUACGGAUUUGGGGAUGACCAGAACCCUUACACAGAAUCGGUGGACAUUCUUGAGGACCUGGUAAUAGAGUUUAUCACAGAAAUGACGCACAAGGCCAUGUCAAUUGGGCGGCAGGGUCGUGUACAGGUUGAGGACAUUGUCUUUCUAAUCCGCAAGGACCCCCGGAAGUUUGCCAGAGUUAAAGACCUCCUAACUAUGAACGAAGAACUGAAACGAGCCAGAAAGGCCUUUGAUGAAGCCAACUACGGAUCUUGAGUCUGUGCGCAGGCUGCACUGGGGCAUUCGUUACUUGGGCGCCAGCUGCCCAGAAGGAAGGAAUGUCGCCUCUGGUGUGUGGAGGGGUUAUUCAGCAUGGAGGUCACUGCUGGGAUGCCUGCCCUCGCUCCCAGCCUUUUCUGAAAAGUAUUCAAGCAGUUGAAUGUUACCUGAUUGUAUGUGGGUUAUUUAAGUAUUUUUAUACCGUUUUAUGAAAUAAGAGCUCUAAAGAUUCUUGUAAUGGCAGGAGGUCUGUUU